AAUUAGUUACUCAUAAUUUGGAGAUUGACCGCACUAAGGCCAGCCCAAUUCCGGCGCCACUUUUCCUGCCUAACAGACAUGUCCGCUACUCUCGAAACAAAAAUUUUGCCGGUGAAGCCAGAGUCCAUAUCCUUCGACACUACAGGAACAACCUUGACCAUCACUGAUCCAGAAACAAAGCAAAAUUUAGAAUAUGCAGCAGACAUUCUUCGGAACACACACCACGCCGUUGGGUUUCCUUCCGAGACGGUCUACGGACUGGGGGCCUCGAGUCUGAGCUCCCAAUCUGUCAAGUCCAUAUACGCUGCCAAAAACAGGCCAGCAGACAACCCUCUAAUCUCGCACGUUUCGUCGAUCGACCAGCUGAAACGGAAACUUAUGGUCCCGGGACAGGAGAUUCCUGAGAUAUACGCACCUUUAAUUGAAAAAUUCUGGCCUGGUCCACUCACAAUCCUGUUGCCAAUGCCUGAAAACGUCCAAGACUCUCCUAUAUCACAGCUCGUCACGUCUGGACAGCCCACGUUCGCCGUGAGGAUGCCGCAAAAUCCGGUUGCGCGUGCUCUAAUUUAUAUUGCCGACCUUCCACUUGCUGCACCGUCCGCCAAUGCGUCGACAAGACCUUCUCCGACAACGGCCGCACACGUCUACCAUGAUCUCAAAGGCCGCAUUCCGCUUAUUUUGGACGGCGGACCGUCCGAUGUUGGGCUUGAAAGUACGGUUGUCGAUGGUCUGUGUGACCCGCCAAUGCUUCUCAGACCCGGCGGAAUCUCGCUGGAGCAAAUAAAACAGGCAGGCGGUCCCCGGUGGCAGAAUAUUGUGGUUGCAAAAAAAACAGCAGGAAAAUUAGAGCCCGUGCGGACCCCGGGAAUGAAAUACCGCCACUAUUCGCCGACGGCAAGGGUGGUCUUGUUCAAUAACUGCGGGGAUGGAAAGGAAAAAGUCAAAGCAUAUCUGGAACAGAACAAUCUGCGAAAUAAAAAGGUUGCUCUACUCAAGACCCGUCACUUUGCCCCGGCAUGUGAUAUCAGCCCUCUUAUUUCCUACGACGGGACACUUGGAACUUCAGGCAACGAAAUCCAGCGGAAUUUGUUUUCUGCUUUAAGAGCCCUGGACGCCGAGGAAUGCGAUUACAUACUGAUUGAAGGCGUGGACGAGACUGCCGAAGGUCUUGCGAUCAUGAAUAGACUAAGUAAAGCAGCCAGCGAGACCAUAAAUGGAUGAACUUUUAUUAAACACACAUAUUUUCACAAACCCAUUACAACUCAUCAUGAGUACUGUCCUUAGUGUCGGACUCUGGUUUAUCAGCUCCGUCGCUCGUUGCGUCUCUGAUGGCCAAACCGUCAACACCAAAGGUACCCUUUUCCUGAAUGAAAGAAGCCAGAGACUCGAGAGUUCUUUGACCCUCGUAACUGACCGGACCAGAACCGUCAGCUGGAUAAAGUAAAAUGGUAGGAUAUCCGG